AUUGUAAAGAAGUCUACUCUUCAGCAAAAACCAAAACCUACAAAAUGUUCAAAUUGUUCGCUGUCUGCUUCCUCGCCCUCUUCGCUGUUGCCUUCGGUGCUGCUAAGCCCGGUCUGUUGGCUGCACCUGCCGCUCUUGCGUACUCCGCUCCAGUUGCUGCCGCUUAUGCUGCUCCAGUCGCUGCGCCCUUAGCUGCCGCUUAUGCUGCUCCCGUAGCCGCUCCCUUAGCCGCUGCCUACGCUGCUCCAGUGGCCGCUGCUUACCACGCCGGCUAUGCUGGUUACGUUGCGCCAUACGCCAGCAGCUACUCAGCUCACUCUAUUGCUCACUCUGCCGCUUUCCCAGCUGCUUAUGCUGCUGCCCCAGUUGUCGCUGCCGCUCCCGCCGUUGCUGUGCUGAAGAAAUAG